GGCGGAGCGGGGCGGGGACCCGUGGGGCUGCUCGGCCCCCGCCCGGCGCUGCGCCCCGGUCCGGAUUAGCCCCGGCCGAUGGCUCUCCUGGGUCCCGCCGCCCCGCCGGGUGGAGCGGGGCGGCCCGGCGGCCGCCGGUGAAGGCAGCGCGGUGCCGCCCCCGGGGCCGCGGUGGGCCGGGCCGGCACUGCCGGGCAGCGGCGGCGGCGGCGGCGGCGGCGCCCGCCCCGGCCCGCAGCGCACAGCGCGGCUCUACCCCGGCGGCCGGGCGGCGCGGCCCCGGGAUCGGCGGGUCCCCGAGCCCGGGGAAGAUGCUGCCGGGGUCCAUCCAGAUCUCCGGGGAGACGCUGUCGGGGGCGGAGAUCCGGGACAUCUGCGAGAGCCUGCGGGAGAACUCGGUGCGGCUGCUGUCGCUGCGGGGCUGCCAGCUCUCCGAGCGGGACUUCGGGCACGUCUGCCGUGGGGUGGCCGAGUCCCGCUCCCUCGCCCAGCUCAACCUCAACCUGGGCAUCGUCUCCAACAUCAACCGCGUCAAGCAGCUGGCCGAGGCCCUGAAGACGAACCGCUCCGUCCAGUCUCUCUUCCUCCAUGGGAGUCCCUUGACAGAUGCAGGCUUGGCCCUCCUCAACCCUGCUCUUUCCAUCCACCCCUCGCUGGUGGCUCUGGAUCUAGGAGACUGCAUGCUGGGUGAUGAAGGCAUCAACCUUAUCUGUGGGCUCCUGCCGCCUGAUGGGGCCAAGUCCGGCCUCAAAGAGCUAACACUGAGCGCCAACCCAGGCAUCACAAGCAAAGGCUGGGGACGCCUGGCCAUUGCAGUGGCUCACAGCUCACAGCUCCGCGUGCUGAACCUGGACUACAACCCCCUAGGUGACCAGGUGGCAGGGAUGCUCGCCGUCGCUGUGGCCUCCAGUCGAACCCUCGAAGUUCUGGACUUGGAGGGAACAGGACUAACCAACCAGUCAGCCCAGACCUUGCUGGACAUGGUAGAGAACUACCCCACAGCCCUACGGACACUCAUCCUGGCGGAGAACAACAUUAGUCCUGAGCUGCAGCAGCAGAUCUCUGACCUUCUCUCAGAGGGUGAGGAAGAGGAGGAGACGGAGGCUCAUGAAGUCACAGCCAGGGAGAAGAACCCCUGGAUCUGCCAGAACAAUUCCAGCUCCCAGAUGGUCCUGAUGACGUCAGGUCUCGGUGACAGCCUCUUAGCAGAAACGGAGAUGUAGCUGGGCUACCCUGCCUGCUUCUGCCGAGAAGAAGAGCACCGUGCCCACGGGGACAGCGUGUGCCCGCCGGCCGCCCGCCUCCGCUGGGCUCCCCAGCCCACUUCUCACACAUUUCACCUCCUGUCGGCGCCUCACUCGGCUCUCUGAGCGCCGGAGCCUGGUCCGAGCAAAUCUCUACACACGUCUCUGUGUUGUCACACGCCCAGUCGGCCGCUUGUGCUUGUCCCGUCGCCGCAUGUGUGUAGCUCACGCCGCUCCCCCCCACGCCCGGCUGUGCCCGCAGGGCGCAGGCCGUAUUUAUUCAGAUGUGUAUAAGAGAUGUCCUUUCUAUCGCUUGUACUGCUGUCGCGAUGAGAGUUUUAUAAAGGUCACAGACGUGGUGGCACCACUC